AGAAACUGGGGCAGAAGUGAAGAUGGCGGCGGCGGUGUUGGUGGCGGUAGCGGCGUCUCGCCAGUGAGCGCGGUGCGGACUCAUCUCCCUUCCCACCUUUUCCCCUACGCCCGACCCCCCCGUCCGCCGCCCCGCUCCAGUCCCCGGCGUCUCGGCAGCCCAGUCCCUCCCAGCACGUCUCUGGGCCAUCUCCUCUAGCCCUCCGGGCUCACGACGCCCGCCCAGCCGCGGCCCCGAUCUCGUCCUCGUCCUCCCGCCUCCUCCCGCACCCCCACCUCGCCCCCUCCCCGAUUCUUAGUCCUCUUCCCUCCUCCCUCCACCUCCCACUUCUCCCCCCUCCCUCCUCCUCGUCUUCCUCCUCGUCCUCCUCCCCCCCUCGGCGCAGGGGGAGCUGCUGGCGGGUGGCUCGUCCGCCUGCUCGCCCGUCCGCCCGCCCGCCCGCCAGCCGGGCCGGCCGGCCCCGCACACACAGCCCGGAGGGGGGGGUGGGGGGGGAGCCAGACGACGAGGAGGAGGAGGAAGAGAAGCCCGAGGAGAGGAGGAGGAGACGGCCCCUGCGCAUUUGGUUCCCUCCAUUUGGGGGCUGGGAGGAGGAGGAGGACGAGAAGAGGGGUUGUUUUUUUGGGGGGGAGGGGGGGACGGGUUAGCGCGAGGGAGGUGGGGUGUCCUAGGGAGGAGGACGAAGAGGAAGCACCAUGACGUCCAUCCAUUUCGUCGUUCACCCGCUGCCGGGCACCGAGGACCAGCUCAAUGACAGGUUACGGGAAGUGUCAGAGAAAUUGAACAAAUAUAAUUUAAACAGUCACCCUCCAUUGAAUGUAUUGGAACAGGCUACUAUUAAACAGUGUGUGGUGGGACCAAAUCAUGCUGCAUUUCUUCUUGAGGAUGGUAGAGUCUGCAGGAUUGGUUUUUCAGUGCAGCCAGACAGAUUGGAAUUGGGUAAACCUGAUAAUAAUGAUGGUUCAAAGUUGAGCAGUGGCUCAGGGGCAGGAAGGACAUCCAGGCCAGGCAGGACUAGUGACUCCCCAUGGUUUCUGUCUGGUUCUGAAACUCUGGGCAGACUGGCAGGCAACACCCUUGGAAGUCGCUGGAGUUCAGGAGUGGGUGGAAGUGGAGGAGGAUCUUCUGGUAGGUCAUCUGCUGGAGCUCGGGACUCAAGACGACAGACCAGAGUUAUUCGGACAGGACGAGAUCGAGGGUCUGGACUUUUGGGCAGUCAGCCCCAACCUGUUAUUCCUGCAUCUGUCAUUCCAGAAGAACUCAUUUCACAGGCCCAAGUUGUUUUACAGGGGAAGUCUAGAAGUGUUAUUAUUCGGGAACUCCAGCGAACAAAUCUUGAUGUAAACCUUGCUGUAAAUAAUUUGCUCAGCCGUGAUGAUGAAGAUGGAGAUGAUGGGGAUGAUACUGCAAGUGAAUCUUAUCUACCUGGAGAGGAUCUUAUGUCUCUUCUUGAUGCUGAUAUUCAUUCUGCACACCCAAGUGUUAUUAUUGAUGCUGAUGCUAUGUUUUCAGAAGACAUUAGCUACUUUGGUUAUCCUUCUUUUCGACGUUCAUCACUUUCCAGGCUAGGCUCAUCUCGAGUUCUCCUUCUUCCCUUAGAGAGAGACUCUGAGCUGUUGCGUGAACGUGAAUCCGUUUUACGUUUGCGCGAGCGAAGGUGGCUUGAUGGAGCCUCAUUUGAUAAUGAAAGGGGCUCUACAAGCAAGGAAGGAGAACCAAAUUUGGAUAAGAAGAAUACACCUGUACAAAGCCCAGUAUCUCUAGGAGAAGAUUUGCAGUGGUGGCCAGAUAAGGAUGGAACAAAAUUUACAUCUAUUGGAGCUUUGUACUCUGAGCUUUUGGCAGUGAGCAAUAAAGGGGAGCUCUAUCAGUGGAAAUGGAGUGAAUCAGAGCCUUACAGAAAUGCACAGAAUCCUUCAUUACAUCAUCCACGAGCAACAUUUUUGGGGUUAACCAAUGAAAAGAUAGUCCUCCUUUCUGCAAAUAGUAUCAGAGCAACGGUAGCUACAGAUAAUAACAAGGUUGCUACAUGGGUGGAUGAAACCUUAAGUUCUGUUGCUUCUAAGCUAGAGCAUACUGCACAAACUUACUCCGAGCUUCAGGGAGAACGGAUAGUUUCAUUACACUGUUGUGCUCUUUACACCUGUGCUCAACUAGAGAAUAAUCUGUAUUGGUGGGGCGUGGUCCCUUUUAGUCAGAGGAAGAAGAUGUUAGAAAAAGCAAGGGCAAAAAAUAAAAAACCGAAGUCCAGUGCCGGCAUCUCUUCAAUGCCCAAUAUCACAGUUGGCACCCAGGUUUGCUUAAGAAAUAAUCCUCUCUAUCAUGCUGGAGCAGUUGCUUUUUCCAUUAGUGCUGGAAUUCCUAAAGUUGGUGUAUUAAUGGAGUCAGUUUGGAAUAUGAAUGACAGUUGUAGAUUCCAACUUCGCUCACCUGAAAGCUUGAAAAACAUGGAGAAAGCUAGCAAAACUACUGAAGCUAAACCUGAAAGUAAACAGGAGCCUGUGAAAACUGAAAUGGGUCCUCCACCGUCUCCAGCUUCCACAUGUAGUGAUGCAUCUUCAAUUGCAAGCAGUGCAUCAAUGCCAUAUAAACGACGACGGUCUACUCCUGCUCCAAAAGAAGAGGAGAAGGUGAAUGAAGAACAGUGGUCUCUUAGGGAGGUGGUGUUCGUAGAAGACGUGAAGAAUGUUCCUGUUGGCAAGGUACUAAAAGUAGAUGGUGCCUAUGUUGCUGUGAAAUUUCCAGGCACUUCCAGUAAUACAAAUUGUCAAAGCACCUCUAGUUCAGAUCCUGAUCCAUCUUCUCUUCUUCAAGACUGUAGGCUUCUUAGAAUUGAUGAAUUACAGGUGGUCAAAACUGGUGGUACACCCAAGGUUCCUGACUGUUUCCAAAGGACCCCUAAGAAGCUGUGUAUUCCUGAAAAAACAGAAAUUUUAGCAGUGAAUGUAGAUUCAAAAGGUGUCCAUGCUGUUUUGAAGACUGGGAGUUGGGUGCGAUACUGUAUCUUUGACCUUGCUACAGGAAAAGCGGAACAGGAAAACAAUUUUCCUACGAGCAGUAUCGCCUUCCUUGGCCAGAAUGAGAGGAAUGUUGCUAUUUUCACAGCUGGACAGGAAUCACCCAUUAUUCUUAGAGAUGGAAAUGGUACGAUCUAUCCCAUGGCAAAAGAUUGUAUGGGAGGAAUAAGAGAUCCCGAUUGGCUUGAUCUUCCACCUAUCAGUAGUCUUGGAAUGGGAGUGCAUUCUUUAACAAAUCUUCCUGCUAAUUCAACCAUCAAAAAGAAAGCUGCUAUUAUCAUCAUGGCUGUAGAGAAACAAACCUUAAUGCAGCAUAUUCUCCGAUGUGACUAUGAGGCCUGUCGACAGUAUCUUUUGAAUCUUGAGCAAGCAGUUGUUUUGGAUCAGAAUCCUCAGAUCCUACAGACAUUCCUCAGUCAUAGAUGUGAUGGAAAUCGUAAUAUUUUGCAUGCUUGUGUAUCUGUGUGCUUUCCAACCAGCAACAAAGAAACCAAGGAAGAAGAAGAAGCAGAGCGCUCUGAAAGAAAUACAUUUGCAGAAAGACUUUCAGCAGUCGAGGCUAUUGCAAAUGCCAUAUCUGUGGUUUCAAGUAAUGGCCCAGGUAAUCGGACUGGAUCAUCAAGUAGCCGAAGUAUGAGACUAAGGGAAAUGAUGAGGCGUUCCUUGAGAGCAGCGGGUUUGGGUAGACAUGAAGCUGGAGCUUCAUCUAGUGACCACCAAGAUCCAGUUUCUCCCCCAAUAGCUCCUCCCAGUUGGGUUCCUGACCCUCCUGCCAUGGAUCCUGAUGGUGACAUUGAUUUUAUCCUGGCCCCCGCUGUGGGAUCUCUUACCACAGCAGCGACUGGCACUGGUCAAGGACCAAGCACCUCCACCAUCCCAGGUCCUUCCACAGAGCCAUCUGUAGUAGAGUCAAAGGAUCGAAAAGCAAAUGCUCACUUCAUACUAAAAUUGUUAUGUGAUAGUGUUGUUCUGCAGCCUUAUUUACGAGAACUACUAUCUGCCAAGGACGCAAGAGGUAUGACACCAUUUAUGUCAGCAGUAAGUGGCCGAGCUUAUCCUGCUGCCAUCACCAUCUUAGAAACAGCACAGAAGAUCGCAAAAGCAGAGGUAUCUUCAAAUGAAAAAGAAGAUGAUGUAUUUAUGGGAAUGGUUUGUCCAUCUGGCACAAAUCCUGAUGAUUCUCCUUUAUAUGUCUUGUGUUGCAAUGAUACGUGUAGUUUUACCUGGACUGGAACAGAGCACAUUAAUCAGGAUAUUUUUGAGUGCCGCACUUGUGGAUUACUAGAAUCACUUUGCUGUUGUACAGAAUGCGCAAGAGUUUGUCAUAAAGGUCAUGAUUACAAACUCAAGCGGACUUCUCCAACAGCUUACUGUGAUUGCUGGGAGAAGUGCAAAUGUAAAACCCUCAUUGCUGGGCAGAAAUCUGCACGUCUUGAUCUGCUUUAUCGGCUGCUCACCACCACCAACCUGGUCACUCUGCCAAACAGUAGGGGAGAACACCUUCUGCUGUUUUUAGUUCAGACUGUGGCCAGGCAGACAGUGGAGCACUGCCAGUAUCGGCCACCUAGAAUCCGAGAGGACCGCAAUCGGAAAACUGCAAAUCCUGAGGACUCAGAUAUGCCUGAUCAUGAUUUGGAGCCACCAAGAUUUGCUCAGCUUGCUUUGGAGAGGGUUUUACAGGACUGGAAUGCCUUGAAAUCUAUGAUUAUGUUUGGCUCACAAGAGAAUAAAGAUCCGCUCAGUGCCAGCAGUAGAAUAGGUCACCUUUUGCCUGAAGAGCAAGUGUACCUUAAUCAGCAAAGUGGCACAAUUCGGUUGGACUGUUUCACACACUGCCUUAUAGUGAAGUGCACGGCAGACAUUUUGCUUUUAGAUACACUGCUUGGUACUCUAGUGAAAGAACUACAAAAUAAAUACACACCUGGUCGCAGAGAAGAAGCUAUUGCCGUUACAAUGAGGUUUCUGCGUUCAGUGGCAAGAGUUUUUGUUAUUCUUAGUGUGGAAAUGGCCUCAUCUAAAAAGAAAAACAACUUUAUUCCACAGCCAAUUGGGAAGUGCAAGCGAGUAUUUCAAGCAUUGUUGCCAUAUGCUGUGGAAGAACUGUGUAAUGUAGCAGAAUCUCUGAUUAUUCCAGUUAGGAUGGGGAUUGCUCGUCCCACUGCCCCAUUUACUCUAGCUAGUACUAGUAUAGAUGCCAUGCAGGGCAGUGAAGAGCUCUUCUCUGUGGAGCCACUACCGCCAAGGCCAUCAUCAGACCAGUCUAACAGUUCCAGUCAAUCUCAGUCAUCUUAUAUCAUAAGGAAUCCUCAACAGAGACGUAUUAGUCAAUCCCAACCUGUUCGGGGAAGAGAUGAAGAGCAAGAUGAUAUCGUUUCAGCAGAUGUGGAAGAGGUUGAGGUUGUGGAAGGUGUUGCUGGGGAAGAAGAUCAUCAUGAUGAGCAAGAAGAACAUGGAGAAGAAAAUGCUGAAGCGGAAGGUCAGCAUGAUGAGCAUGAUGAAGACGGGAGUGAUAUGGAACUGGAUUUAUUAGCAGCAGCUGAAACAGAAAGUGACAGUGAGAGUAACCACAGCAACCAAGAUAAUGCUAGUGGGCGAAGAAGUGUUGUGACUGCAGCUACUGCGGGUUCAGAAGCAGGUGCCAGCAGUGUACCUGCCUUCUUUUCUGAAGAUGACUCUCAGUCCAAUGACUCCAGUGAUUCAGACAGCAGCAGUAGCCAGAGUGAUGACAUAGAGCAGGAGACAUUUAUGCUUGAUGAGCCACUGGAAAGAACCACAAAUAGUUCUCAUGCUAAUGGUGCUGCCCAGGCACCCCGCUCUAUGCAGUGGGCUGUGCGCAACACCCAAAACCAGAGAACUACCAGCACGGCUCCUUCCAGUACAUCAGCACCAGCAGCCAGUUCAGCAGGUUUGAUUUAUAUUGAUCCAUCCAACUUACGCCGGAGUGGUACCAUCAGUACGAGUGCUGCAGCUGCUGCAGCUGCUCUUGAAGCUAGCAAUGCCAGCAGCUACUUAACAUCUGCAAGCAGUUUAGCAAGGGCGUAUAGCAUUGUCAUCAGACAGAUCUCCGACCUGAUGGGUCUUAUUCCCAAAUACAACCACCUUGUAUACUCUCAGAUCCCAGCAGCUGUGAAACUGACUUAUCAAGAUGCAGUAAACUUACAGAAUUAUGUAGAAGAAAAGCUGAUUCCCACGUGGAAUUGGAUGGUCAGUAUUAUGGAUUCUACAGAAGCCCAGUUGCGUUAUGGUUCUGCAUUAGCAUCUGCUGGCGAUCCUGGGCAUCCAAACCAUCCCCUUCAUGCUUCUCAGAAUUCAGCCAGGAGAGAAAGAAUGACUGCUCGGGAGGAAGCUAGUUUAAGAACACUGGAAGGCAGACGGCGUGCCACUUUACUUAGUGCCCGCCAAGGAAUGAUGUCUGCUAGAGGUGACUUCUUAAAUUAUGCCCUUUCUUUAAUGCGAUCUCAUAAUGAUGAGCAUUCUGACGUUCUUCCUGUUUUGGAUGUGUGCUCACUGAAACACGUAGCAUAUGUUUUUCAAGCCCUUAUUUAUUGGAUUAAAGCAAUGAACCAGCAGACCACCUUGGAUACACCUCAACUGGAACGCAAAAGGACACGGGAGCUCUUGGAACUGGGUAUUGACAAUGAAGAUUCAGAACACGAAAAUGACGAUGACACCAAUCAAAGUGCCACAUUGAAUGAUAAAGAUGAUGAUACACUUACUGCAGAAACUGGACAGAAUCAUCCGUUUUUCCGACGAUCAGACUCCAUGACAUUCCUUGGGUGUAUACCUCCAAAUCCUUUUGAAGUACCUUUGGCUGAAGCCAUCCCUUUAGCUGAUCAGCCACAUCUACUACAGCCAAAUGCUAGAAAAGAGGAUCUUUUUGGCCGUCCCAGUCAGGGUCUCUAUUCAUCAUCUGCCAGUAGUGGGAAAUGCUUAAUGGAAGUUACAGUGGAUAGAAACUGCCUUGAGGUUCUUCCAACUAAAAUGUCUUAUGCUGCCAACCUGAAAAAUGUAAUGAACAUGCAAAAUCGUCAAAAGAAAGAAGGGGAAGAACAAAAUUUGCUGACAGAAGAAUCUGAGAGUUCAAAACCGGGACCAUCUGCUCAUGACCUUGCAGCACAAUUGAAAAGUAGUUUGUUGGCUGAAAUAGGAUUGACUGAAAGUGAAGGGCCUCCUCUAACAUCAUUCAGGCCUCAAUGCAGUUUCAUGGGAAUGGUUAUCUCUCAUGAUAUGUUGCUGGGACGCUGGCGGCUGUCUUUAGAGUUAUUUGGCAGGGUGUUCAUGGAGGAUGUUGGAGCAGAACCUGGAUCAAUCCUCACUGAAUUAGGUGGUUUUGAAGUAAAAGAAUCAAAAUUCCGUAGAGAGAUGGAAAAACUGAGAAAUCAGCAAUCAAGAGAUUUAACAUUAGAGGUUGAUCGAGAUCGAGAUCUUCUAAUUCAGCAAACAAUGAGGCAACUUAACAAUCAUUUUGGUCGCAGAUGUGCUACUACUCCAAUGGCUGUACAUAGAGUAAAAGUUACAUUUAAGGAUGAACCAGGAGAGGGCAGUGGUGUGGCACGAAGUUUCUAUACUGCUAUUGCACAAGCUUUUUUGUCAAAUGAAAAACUGCCAAAUUUGGAUUGUAUUCAGAAUGCCAACAAGGGUACACAUACCAGUUUAAUGCAGAGAUUAAGGAACAGAGGGGAGAGAGAUCGGGAAAGAGAAAGAGAAAGGGAAAUGCGGAGGAGUAGUGGUUUGCGAGCAGGAUCCCGAAGAGAUAGAGACAGGGAUUUUAGGAGACAGCUUUCCAUUGACACAAGGCCUUUCAGGCCAGCAUCUGAAGGCAAUCCUAGUGAUGAUCCUGAUCCUCUUCCAGCACAUCGUCAGGCACUUGGCGAGAGGCUUUACCCCCGGGUUCAAGCAAUGCAACCAGCAUUUGCAAGUAAAAUCACAGGUAUGCUAUUGGAAUUAUCCCCUGCUCAGCUGCUACUUCUACUAGCAAGUGAGGACUCUUUGAGAGCAAGGGUAGAUGAGGCCAUGGAACUUAUUAUUGCACAUGGAAGGGAAAAUGGAGCUGAUAGUAUCUUGGACCUUGGGUUGCUUGAUUCUUCAGAAAAGGUGCAGGAAAACCGAAAACGACAUGGCUCCAGUAGAAGUGUAGUAGAUAUGGAAUUAGAUGAUACAGAUGAUGGUGAUGACAAUGCUCCAUUGUUUUACCAGCCUGGAAAAAGAGGUUUUUAUACUCCAAGACCUGGCAAAAACACAGAAGCAAGGUUAAAUUGUUUCAGAAAUAUUGGCAGAAUCCUUGGACUCUGCUUGCUACAGAAUGAACUGUGUCCUAUCACAUUGAAUAGGCAUGUAAUUAAAGUAUUGCUUGGUAGAAAAGUUAAUUGGCAUGAUUUUGCAUUUUUUGAUCCUGUUAUGUAUGAGAGUUUGCGGCAACUUAUCCUCGCCUCACAGAGUACAGAUGCUGAUGCUGUUUUUGCAGCAAUGGAUUUGGCAUUUGCAAUAGACCUGUGCAAAGAAGAGGGUGGAGGACAGGUUGAACUUAUUCCUAAUGGUGUAAAUAUACCCGUCACCCCUCAGAAUGUAUAUGAGUAUGUACGGAAAUAUGCUGAACACAGAAUGUUGGUAGUUGCCGAACAGCCUUUACAUGCAAUGAGGAAAGGUUUGCUGGAUGUCCUUCCAAAGAAUUCAUUAGAAGAUUUAACAGCAGAAGAUUUCAGACUUUUGGUAAAUGGUUGUGGUGAAGUUAAUGUGCAAAUGUUGAUCAGCUUCACUUCUUUCAAUGAUGAAUCAGGAGAAAAUGCUGAGAAACUCUUACAGUUCAAGCGAUGGUUUUGGUCAAUAGUGGAGAAGAUGAGCAUGACAGAACGGCAGGACCUUGUUUACUUUUGGACAUCAAGCCCAUCAUUGCCUGCCAGUGAAGAGGGAUUUCAGCCUAUGCCAUCAAUCACAAUAAGACCACCAGAUGACCAACACCUUCCUACAGCAAACACUUGCAUUUCUCGACUUUAUGUUCCACUUUAUUCCUCUAAACAGAUUCUCAAACAAAAAUUGUUACUCGCCAUUAAGACCAAGAAUUUUGGUUUUGUGUAGAGUAUAAAAAGUGUGUAUUGCUGUGUAAUAUUACUAGCUAAGUUUUGUAGAUUUUUCCAUUUGUCUAUAAAAGUUUAUGAAAGUUAAUGCUGUCAUACCCCUGGUGGUACUUUAAUGAUUAAAUGCAAACAUUCCUAUACCAAGUUUGUAACCUAUAGGUCUAAGAAGCACUAGCAGCAUUUGACUGUAACUGUUUGCUAGUCAAUAACUUCUUGGCCUAACCCCAGCCAAAGAUGACAGCAGAACAAUAUAAUUUACACUGUGAUUUAUCUUUUUGCUGAGGGGAAAAAAAUGUAAAAUGUUCUGAAAAUUCACUGCUGCCUUUGUGGAAAGUGUUUCAGCAAAGGUUCUUGUAUAGAGGGAGUAGGGAAUUUCAAAAUAAAAAAUUAAGUAUGUUCUGUGUUUUCCUUUUAACUUUUUUAUGGUGUUUAAUUUGUGGUUGGCUGCAGUUGUGUAUCAUGUAUAUUGAACUUGUAAAAAGUUCUUGUUAUUCAGAUCUUAGAGUUGAAAUCACUUUUAUGAAACCACUUUCAUUGCAGUUUGUUUUGGUUGCAUUGAGCUCUAGGACAUUAGAUGAUAUCACUACUAUUUUGCAUGUAAUUUGUUCAUUUGAGUGAGGGUUUUUUGUGUACAUAAGGUGGGGCCAAUGCACAAUACUUUAUAUCACAAUCAACAUUUUUUUUUUUUUUUGGUAUCCCUAUUUCAAUGGGCAGUCAGUCAGGAGGUUACUCCACUUCAUUUCUAAUUAGACAUUUGUACUAAGGUGUUUCAGAUAUGUAAACUCAGCCUGGGCACUUUCUGAUAACUGUAAAAUGUUUUAUAAGAUCAUGAUUAUUGAAGAUACAUUUUGGAAAAUUUUAAUGUUCGUGAGCAGCUUAACUACUUUUGUAUCUAGCCUUUUUUAAGUAUCUUGUUACAUUUACUUUUUUAAAUAAAGAAAUUACAGAAGAAAUGUCAAGUCAUAUUGAAGAAAGAAUAGUUUUUAUUUAUGUAACCUUUAUAUUUUUAAACUAACAGCAAUACACUAGACACGGUUAUGAGCUUAACAAAAAUCUGAUUUUAAGAACUUAAAAAAGCUUUUAUAUGUAUAUGGAUUAUAAAGAAACAGAAGUAUUUCAGUCUACAUUUUACAGUUAGCAGAGAAUCCUGAAUGGCACAGGCCCGUUCAUUUAAAAAAUUCAUUUUCAAGAAGACAUUUAUUUCUGCCCUUACACGAAAUUGACAUCCAGCCAGUGAUUCUGAACAUUCAUUCACUUAGACUAUUCUAAGUAGAAACACUUUAUAAAAACAUAUAUUAGUUAAGAAGAGUGAUUAAAAAAUUUUUUUUUUAAAUUUAGAAGCCCAGACAAACAUUCUUAGGUUCUUCUAGUUUUAGAAUUUUCAUGUAAUCUGCUAUAGGAGCUGCUUUUUUUUAUCUCACUGCUUCUAAGUAGAAAUGGUAUGCUUGUGAUGGAAGAGAGUCAUUUUGAUUAUUUUUGAGGAUAGAGGAGUUCUACUUUUUGCCUCCUUUGCCAGUGCCCUUGUCCUAUUGAGAGAGACAAUCAAUGGUACUUGUUUUGAGUUGAUAUUUACCAUCCUUUUCUGGCAACUUCAUGACACGUAAUUGCUAAGUGGAUCAUUAUCAAAUCCAUUGGUUUUACUGGAGACACUUAUGACAUACUUUUAUUUUUAUAAAUAUUGAUCCAGAGUCAUUUUACAGAAUGGGACACUUGUUUCUUUGUAGUUUUCUCAUAAGUAGUAAUUCAAUUAAGGGUAGGGGUUGGUAAGCAAUUGGAUGGAAACUUGGCUCUUACUAGAAUUCAAUAGAUAAAAUUAGAUUAGGCUUGCUUUUAUAACCCUAAAAUGUGAAUGUGAUUUUGAAAAUCUCAAAUGAAAAAAAUGAAUUAUUUAAAAUAAUCCACAAUACCUAUCAAGCCUUUCUUAAGCAAAAGCGUUGGUCAAAAUGUACCAACAAAAAGUAAGGUAACUUCAAGUGAAAUGUGAAAAUCCUUCAUAUUCAAAUGUAAAAUGAAGUUUCCUUGCAUCUCAGCUUAUCAAGUUUUAAAAUAAUGCACUACCACCCUCUCUAAAAAUGGUAGGUUAUCAAAAUAAUAUGUACAACAUAUCUUUUU